AUGGGUUCAUCUUUCUUUGCUUUCGUGGCUAUCUUCUCGACAUUGCUCAGAAUUUCAAUAACUGGGCUAACAAACAGUGAUACCUUGGAAAUCGACUGUGGACGGCGUCAGCAACAAGAUAUUGUGUCAGAACGAAUCGUUAAUGGUACCAAGGCACAUCCUGACCACUGGCCGUGGAUGGUGGGGCUGUAUACUGCUAAUGACACAUUUUAUUGUGGUGGCGUUUUAAUAAGCAGCCAGUAUGUGUUGACCGCUGCUCAUUGUUAUAAAGACAAGAACACUACGGGCUUUCUUUCAGUUCGUUUGGGAAGUACGAACCGAACGAAUUUCACCGUAGAUUGUCACCGAAACGCAGACAAAAGUCAGAAUUUAGAACUAAGUGACACAGCAGUGAGGCAUGAGGAGUCGGAAGACAAGGUGAUUUGCGUGGAGGUUGAUCACGUCUGCAUCCCCGUCCAGGGCAACAACUGUACAGAUUUUAUGGUAGACCUCGCACUAUUGAAAUUAAAGAGGCCUGUCAAUUUUACAAAACACAUUCAGCCAAUCUGCCUUCCUACAAACUGUGAAGAACCACCAUCAGAUGUUACCAUAUCUGGUGUGGGCUGGGGCAGAGACUACGCUUCACACCCAAUCCAAGUAAACAAUUACGACUAUACCUAUUCCGGCGAGGCUACUGAUGAAACAACAGACGAUACGGGUGAAUAUUCGUACUAUGAUGAGAGUUCAACAGAGGAAGAAACGAAUGAAACCCCAGCGUCGGAAGAAGAGAGCGCUCAAUAUUUUGAAGACCCAGUGACAUUGAUGGAAAGAAAUAUAUCCCUUAUUAGUAACGAUAAAUGCGCACAUCAGCUUGCAAGAAGUGUCCCAAAUUACACCCUUUGCUCCACUGGUGGAAUUUGUUUCGGGGACAGCGGGGGACCUUUGAUAUACCAGAAAGAAGGACGGUGGUUUCUUACUGCUAUCAAUUCCGCUCGACGCGACAGCUGCUAUCAUCCUGUUGAGCCUACGAUACAUGUUAGGGUAUCACACUUUGUCGACAGCUUUAUUUUGAAGAUUAUUAAGCACCAUCAAGAGUCGCAAGAAGGAGGGACAAAUGGCUUAUGUGCCAGGGAUGAGGACCGUAAAAAAUGUGUACAGCAGUUUUUUAGGUCCUACAACAGAUCAAUAAAUGAAUAA